AUGCCCGCCAAACGCUCGCUCAAGCAGACGACGCUGCUGGGUUUCGUCACUUCGAAGAAGCCCAGGCUAUCUAGGAGCGAACAGACCCAUGUUAGCAGCAGUUCUGACGACCCAAAGAAACAGGUGACGGAGGGACGUGACGAGAUUACGUCUGGAACGCAGAAGGGGGGUGAGGAGUCUGAGGACCCGAAGAAAACGAACGUAACCUCCCGCUCAUCGCUCUCACCCUCUGCCACAGCUCAACCACAGGCCGCCCCCUCAGCGUCAGCCUCAUCCUCAGCCUCAUCCUCAGCCCCAACAUCAACCUCAACCUCAACCGCAACUUCCUCUGUUCUAGCACCACCACCACCUUCCUCCCCCACCAAUUCCCCCAACCCCCAACCUUCCCUAUCCCCCACAAAACCCCCAUCCCCGACCAAGGCCUUUACUCGUAUAGUCCCCCACACCGGCUCUCUCUUCCCCACCGCCCCCCCUAACACCCUUCUCAUCCACGCCUGCAACACCCUCGGCUCCUGGGGCGGCGGCAUCGCCGCCCAGUUCGCGCGUCUCUACCCUAGCGCAUACAAGGUCUACAAGUCUCACUGUGUGCGACACAAACAUAAUCGGGGGGAGUUAGUCGGACGGGCGCUGCUCAUCCCACCACUCGACUCGCCCAGCCUUCCAGGGUUGAAGGAGGACGGUAAAGGGGAUGGGACUGGCCCUGGGGUGAGAGGGCAUUACAUAGGGUGUCUAUUCACCAGCCUAGCGUACGGCAAAAAACGCGACAGUGAAGACAAGAUCCUCGCUGCUACGGCAAAAGCGUGGAGGUGGUUGAUGAGGCUGGUUUGCGAAGCUGAGGAGGGGGGGGAGAUGAUUAGAGAGGUGAGGAUGUGUAAGAUUAAUGCGGGGCUGUUUGGCGUGCCGUGGGAGAGUACGAAGAGGGCGAUUGAAGGGGUUGAGCUAAGGGAGGGGGAGGUGCCGAAUGUUGGGAGGGUCGAGGGAGAGGAGGGGUGCAGGGUGGAGGUGCAGGUUUGGGAGAUUGGGUGUUGA